AUGCCGGAACCAGGACGCGACGCUGAAAUCACCGACGACUAUGCUACCGAACUGCUGAAACGAGAUGCCAAAGCCGUGUCAUCGUCGUCGAGUCUGGCCUCUCUGAUGAACAAAAGCUCGCGCUCGACCAACGCCCCCAAGCCGAAUACCAGGUUUCUGAGAAACAUCCUCCGCGACACGGACAACCACAACGCCGCCCUGCUUGCCAAAGAGGCUCAAGAGUCAAAACUGCGUCUAGACCAGUUGCGCCAUCCCCACCCCCACCGCCCUGAACAGCAACUGUACUCUGCUCGCGACAGGCACGAUCCCAAGAGACGACGCCUUGAUCCUGCUCGCCAUCGACCUUCCACAUCUGAAAAGACCUCACAUCGUCGACACUCUCCUGAGCCCACAUCCAAGAAGACCUCACAUCGUCGACACCUCCCUGAGCCCACAUCCUCGCACAGCCAGUCCUCUCGUCGCUCGACGUCACCAGACCGUCACUCCUCAGACCGUCACAGAAGUAGACGUCGCUCUCCAAGCUCAAACAAUCAUGAAUCGGUUAGACAUCGCCGCCACUCAAGGCGUCGCUCCUCUUCACCCGACACCCGUCGACCCUUAGUCAAACCUAACAAGCCAUCGGGAGACUCAUCGCAUCGCUCAAAAAGGCGUCGCUCUCCAUCAUUUGAUGCAUCUGACUCCGACCCCCUAGAUGCUAUCAUUGGUCCUGCUCCUCCUUCCAAUCCACCUGUUCGUUCCCGGGGUCGUGGCACCCAAAACAAUGCUUCGACCAUCGACAAUCAUUUCUCCUCCAACUACGACCCUUCAACAGAUACGCAGCCACAUGUACAGGAAGACGAUGGUCUGGACUGGGACCAGGCUCUCGAAGCUUUACGGGAUCGUCAAAAAUGGAAACAGCAAGGUGCAGACAGGCUUCGUGCUGCAGGUUUCAGCGAAAAAGAUGUCACCAAAUGGGAAAAGGGCGGUGAGAAGUCAGAGGAGGACGUCGUAUGGGCAAAGAAAGGCGAGGGUCGGGAAUGGGACCGAGGCAAGGUUGUUGACGAGCAUGGCGUCGUCGAACUAAAGCCUGAAUGGGGCAGAUUGAAAGAUUCCUGA